AGGGGCUGGUGAGGGGGCGGUGGUCCCUGCAGCAGCAUGGGGGUCCCGCACCCUCCCUCCGUCCUGCGGCGCUGGUUCUGCCGUGCAAUUCCUCUCGCUAUCUUCGCGCUGCUGCUUCUUUAUCUCAGUGCUGGGAGUCUCCGUCCCUCCAGUUGCAGAACCGGGGAGCAGUACUGCCUCCCCGAGGAACUGCCAUCUUUCCAGGUUCAGCAACAGUCGGGUCCCCAGGAUGCCCCGGGGCGGGAAAAGCCUCAGUGUCUGGGCCCCCAGGGAAUGCUGGGGCGCAUGAUGAGGCCAUUCCGUGCCAGUCUGAACCCUGAAGGGGAUGUGGAGCUGUCGCAGUACUUGGCAGGAUGGAGAGAGCUAAUCAAAUUCCUAAAUCCUCUCGGCUCCAUCUUCACCUUCGCCACCAGCGAGGCCUUCUCCAAAGUGUCAGCCCUUGAGGCUCGGGUACACGGCCCGGACGCCUCCCACUACACAUCGCUGGCGGCCAUGGCGGAGUGGGAGCGGCGGGUGGGACUGCUGGAGCUGCCCGGGGUCGCCUCUCCACACCCGCCCAGGCCCUCGGGCUCACAAACGUUGCUCUUGCUGCACCGUGCUCUACGCUGGUCCCAGCUCUGCCUCCAGCGGGUGGCGACCGGGGCGCGCCGAGGCCCGGAAGCCGGCGUCCAGUGCAGCGACGCCUACGGCACGGCCCUGGCUCCGCACCACCCCUGGCUCGUGCGCCAGGCGGCGCGCGUGGCGUUCCUCGCCUUCCCGGGUCGCGCCCGCCUGCUCGAGCUGGCGUGUCCGGGAACCCGGGAGGCGGAGGCGCGGGCCGCGCUGGCGCGGGGUGCCGGCACCCUGGAAGAAGUGUACAACCGCACCCAGGGCUUGUUGGCUGCUCGCGGCCUGCUCCACCUGGCCUGA